AGUAUGUUCUCUUCCUGCCUGAUAUUCCGAGUCUGUGAGAGGGCCGGGAAGUCUAGACGAGGGGUUCUCUCUCUAUUAAAAACACUUCAGCUGUUUCUGUUGUUUCAAGCUGCUAAACUUUUUCUCCUUUUCCCUUCUCUCUGUCGAGCUUUUACUUCUCACUUUUGGUCCGACACGUCAUUUUUUUUUUGUAUUCUUUUGAUCUGGCCAUAAAGAUAAAUUUCCCGGAAACUCUUCUGUUGAUAUCUUAGCAGCUACCUAGAAUGCUUCCGGCGAGGGCACAAUAGGCAACAAAGAGCAUCGCAGAUAUCAGUUCUUAAUCGUCAGCGUCUGUGAUAUAGGAAAUAAGGGCAUGACCAACAAGUUUGCACCAGAAAACCCAAGUAACCUCAGCUGCAACUCAUACCGUACUCCUUCCUCUAUCACUUCGCCCCUGGGGAUGGUUUAUGCAGACAUGGGUUCUCUCUCCCUCAGUCCCAACUAUGGAGUAGCUUCUGCAAUUUCUUCUUCACAAGAAAGUACUAUCUCCAAGAGUUUUGAGGUUGAAAAUAGGAGAGCUAGUUGGGGUUUCCCAUUCAUGGGGAGCUCCAUUACAAGAAGCUUUGAAGAGCACCACAACAGCAAUGCUGGGGAGGUUAAGGUCUCUGACAGCGUAGAUGGUUUUGGGCAAAACAAUGAAAGAAUGAAUCAGAAUGUCGGCCUGGAUGAUAAGGACUCGGAUGAGAAUGAGAAUGCGCUGACUGUGAAGGAAACAGAUAGUGGGCAGUCAAAGCUUUGCAAUAGAGGACAUUGGAGGCCUGCAGAGGAUACCAAGCUCAAGGAACUUGUGGCUCUUUACGGCCCCCAGAACUGGAACCUCAUAGCAGAGAAGUUGGAAGGAAGAUCAGGUAAGAGUUGCAGACUGAGAUGGUUUAACCAGUUAGACCCAAGGAUCAACAGAAGAGCUUUUAGCGAAGAAGAAGAAGAAAGGCUAAGGCAAGCUCAUAGACUUUAUGGCAAUAAAUGGGCCAUGAUAGCUAGGCUUUUCCCUGGAAGAACUGAUAACGCAGUCAAGAACCAUUGGCAUGUUAUAAUGGCUAGGAAGCUUAGAGAACAAUCCAGUGCUCACAGGAGAAGGAAGUUGGGUCAAUCUGUAUACAGGAGGAUGGAGGAAAAUCCUAGCUUUGCUUGCAGAGAUGCAGCCACAAGAACAGAAACACUACCAUACUGUCUCGAUUUCCUAAGCGGAGGACUAAUCAAUAUUACUUCUUUUCCAUUUGGAACAUUUAAUGGUGCCAGUAGUGGGAUUGAUUGUGGCUUAAAUAAUGGUUCACCCCCCAUGACCAGUGGAGAAUUAGCAAUUUCAAGCAGCGAAGUCCUUCCUUACAGUGGUUUCUGUGCACAACAGGCGUCUUUUGAUUUCUUCCCUGGUCCCAAAAGCAAUGACAAGAUGGACAGAUAUUGGGAUAGGCCACUUGAAGAAGCUCAAGCAUCUGGUUUAUAUCCCGACAACCACUCUCCGUUUUUUAUGGCAAUGCAACAAUCAAACAAUUACAACCCUUUCAGUUUCUUGGACCCAUCAGCACCACGACCUCAGGUUUCAGCCAGUGAUCCUUCAUUAUCAGCCACAGAAAGCGGAGUAGCCACCCAUUUUGAGACCAUUCCACCACCAUUCAUUGACUUUCUUGGAGUAGGUGCCACCUGAAGUUAGAAACGAUGAAAAGCUGAAAAAAAAACAAAGUUUUCAUAGAAUCAUCAAAAGAUCAGUGCCUCGAUAUGGAUGUGAUCCAAGAUCAAUGAAGAAGCCAUUAGAGGUAAUUAAUUAACAGAAAGCUAGGAUUGUUGUUCCAGUUGAUCAGUGACAGUACAAACCUGCAUC